UCUAGACCAGUUAUAUGAAGUGAUUAUCUGAAAUGAACCUAAAAGCAUAACUAGAGCUUAAGAAAAGAAAAGAAAAAAAAACUAGCUUCUUUCCAUUUAUUUACAUCUCGUCCAAAAUCGCAUACUUCAUACGAUUUGUCAUAGAUCAUAGAGUCAGUAGAUAAUCACUUGCUUUUAGCCAGACUCGCUUCCUCUCAAAUCAUCCCUCCAAGCAUGUGUUUGGUUCCUAGGAUGGGAUAGGCAGCGUAAGGUGGGAACUUGUUAUAUAUAUAGGAUGUACCAGUACAUAGCACCUAGAGCUUAUAUAUGAUAACCCCGCAGCACUAGCAAGCGGUCCAAGCAAGCAAAGGAUGAGGCGUAUACCAGCUGUAGCUUAGCAAGAUUCAUCAUGGCGCAGUCGCCGGAGCAGCAGCAGCAUGCGCAGCAGGAGGCGGCGCGGGCGCGGUUCGUGCGGGCGGCGGCGGCGCAGGCCGGCGCGCAGUUGGACGAGGAGGCGCGGUGGCUGUGCCGCGUGCGGGAGACCCUGGAACAGGCGUCGGCGGAGGCGCUGGGCGCGGCGGCGCGGGUGUUCGACGUCCCGCGCGCGCUGCGGGACACCAAGCCCGACGCCUACACCCCGCAGCACUUCGCGCUGGGCCCCUACCACCAGGGCCGCCCCCACCUCAAGGACAUGGAGCGCUACAAGCUCGCCGCCGCCAAGCGCGCCGAGCGGCUCUUCGCCGGCGGCCGCCGCGUCGGCCACCUCGUCCUGCGCUUCAUCGACCUCCAGGGCCAGAUCCGGGGGCCCUACCACAGGUUCCUGGAGCUGAGCGACGAGACGCUGGCGUGGAUGAUGGCCAUCGACACCUGCUUCCUGCUGGACUUCCUGGAGGGCUACGACCGCCGCGGCGAGGCCACGGACAUGGUGUCGUCGGCGACCAACUGGAUCAACGCCACCGUGCGCGACGCCAUGAUGCUCGAGAACCAGCUCCCGCUCUCCCUCUUCGCGCGGAACCUACAGCUCCGCUACGACAGCGACGCCGCCUCCCCGGAGCAGGCCGCCACCGACGCGCUGCACGCCGUCCUGGACCGCUUCAUCAAGGACGUGUCCCCCAUCAAGAUCUGCGCCAACAUGGCCAUCGCCGACUUCACCAAGCAGGCGCACCUGCUCGAGCUCCUCUACCACUUCCUCGUCCCGGACGCCGACGGGGACGACGACCACACCAGCGGCGGCAAGGAUACGCCGCCGCCGGAACUGGAGGACGACCCGGAGAAGCAGCAGCUGCCGGAGCCGGAUGCGGCGGAGUACGGCAAGCUGAAGAAGGCGUGGCUGAAGCUGUCCGGCCUGCGGGUCUUCAAGAGCCUCAUCUCGCGGCCGGCGGGCCUGGUGUCGAGCCUCUCCGGGCAGCUGGCGCGCAAGGCGCCGGUGGUGGCCGGGGUGCUCCCGGUGAUCGGCAAGCUGGUGCCCUCGGUGGACGUGCAGGCUCGUCUCCAGAGCGUGAACCUGGGCCACAUCGGCGCCGCCACCUCGCCGCUGGCGCAGGAGAUCAAGAUCCCGUCAGUGGCGCAGCUGGCGGCGUGCGGCGUACGGUUCGCGCCGGCGCCCGAGGGCAUCGCGGGGAUCGCCUUCGACGAGGCCACCGCGACGCUGAGCCUCCCCGUGGUGACCCUCGACGGCAACACGGAGGUGGUGCUGCGCAACCUGGUGGCCUACGAGGCCGUCGCCGUGCGGGGCCCGCUAGUGCUGGCGCGGUGGACGGAGCUGAUGAACGGCGUGGUGGUGUCGGCCAAGGACGUGAAGAUCCUGCGGCAGAGCGGCGUGGUGGUGAACCGGAUGAAGAGCAACCGGGAGGCAGCCGCCAUGUGGAACGGGAUGUGCCGGGCGGCGCGGCUCAGCCGGGUGCCGCGGCUCGACAGGGUGAUCCGGGCCGUGAACGCGCACCGCAACCGGACGGCGUCGGUGCGGGCGGGGAAGAUGCUCAGGAAGUACGUGUUCAGGUCGUGGAAGGUGCUCACGCUGCUCGCAUCCGUCCUGCUGCUGCUCAUGACGGCGCUCGAGACCUUCUGCUCGGCCUACCCGUGCCAGAGCAGCUGGUUCGGAGGAUUGCUGGACCUGCCCAAGCGUCCCUGACCGAUCGAGCACACCUAUUAGGAGAUCACAUGGCCGGAGUAGUAGUAGUGCCGCUCAGAUAUGAUGGAAAUGCAAGGGAAAUUAAAGUACCCAGACCCCAGGACCCCAGUCAUCUGAAAACGUACUUUUUACCUGGAAUUACUUAUAACUAAAUGUAAAACUACUAUAUUCGCGCGUGCUGUAUAUAAUCCAGUCGACUGAAAAUCAAUAGCCUUUCAGGCGACCAA